GCCCCAGAACUUUUGAAUGUUUGGAAUCUGCAAAAUGUUUAGAGGCUCGCGGAAAUCGGCUAAACGUAACCUGAAAUCCUACUUGGCAGGCGUAAGAGCCAAAAUUACAACGUUGUCCGCAGCCCCGUGUGUUUACACCACCGGGCGCCGCGGCGUGUGUGUAUUCUCGAGUGCAAACGUCUGUCGUUGGCUCACUGCUCGCGAGAACACACACACCUCCAAUCGUGUCCCACCCGCUUCACCGACCAAGUACUCACUUGAUAUUAGCUCAUUAUUAAAAGAACUUCAAUUGUUUCGCAAAAUAGGUUCGUCGAAGAAAUCAGCAGCAACGGCUAACGAUCCUCCGCUCGACUGCUUUGUGCAAUUCAGACACCCGAACUCAAGUUUAAAGUGACAUUAUUAGUGACAUUUGCUAGUGAACUUGCUCGAUCUAUAAUCGACCGAAAGAAAAGUGAAUUUUCGAUCAUGGCAUCAAUAAAGGAUAUAAAAGCGCCAAUGGCCAGUACAGAGAGCGCCUUCUUCUGGUCAGGAUCUGAUGAAGAGCUGGACUGUUCGGUGCGCAUCCCUCUGAGCGACCCUGAUUUUUUCCCUUCGCCAAAGAAGCAGAAAGAAAUGCUUGCGUCGGCCAAGUACAAAUCGCAGUCAAACUCCGAAGAUGACAGCUUUGCCGGCUCUGAGGACAGCAGGACUGACGAGCGAGGUGGCUGGGGCAACAAGCUCGACUUCCUCUUUUCCUGCAUCAGCGUCUCAGUCGGUCUUGGCAACGUCUGGCGCUUUCCUUACCUCUGCUACAAGAACGGUGGAGGAGCUUUUCUAGUGACCUAUGGCAUUGCUAUGAUGCUCUGCGGCAUACCACUCUUCUUCCAGGAAGUAGCAAUUGGCCAGUACCUUGGCUCUGGUGGCAUGUCUUUGGUCAGCACUCUAUGUCCCAUUUUAGGAGGUGCUGGCUACGCAACUAUGACGAUCGUUUUCCUGCUCGACGUCUACUACUGUAUAAUCAUCGCGUGGACGUUGUUUUACUUGAUAAACACAUUUACUAUGUUGCCCGACCUGCCCUGGCAGCACUGUGGAAAUUGGUGGAACUCUGAAAAAUGCUACGAAGGCUCGGAGAACCACACGGCCAGUGAGAUUAUUCGCAGCCAAUUGAAUCAAACCAGCACCCCAGUGGAGGAGUUUUGGGAAAAACGUGUUCUUAUGAUAACCGAUGGCAUCCAUGAUCUUGGUGGAAUGCAGUGGGAGCUUUUUGGCUGUCUGGUCCUGGGCUGGCUGCUCGUUUACUUCAUUAUAUGGAAAGGCUUGCAUCAAAGUGGAAAGAUCAUCUGGUUCUCUGCACUGUUUCCAUACGUGAUCAUGAUCAUUCUGUUGGUGCGUGCGGUGACCUUGCAAGGUGCCCUUAACGGACUUUCGUACUUCAUUAAACCUGAUUGGAGCAAGUUGACAAGUUCGGGCGCUUGGAUUGACGGCGCCACACAGAUUUUCUUUGGCUACAGCAUCGGUGUUGGCACGCUGCCGGCGCUCGGCUCGUUCAACAAGUUUCAUCAUAACUGCUACAAGGACGCAAUCAUCACUUGUGUAAUCAACACGCUGACAUGCUUGCUGGCUGGUUGCAUUGUUUUCUCAAUCCUGGGCUACAUCGCAUUUGUGCAGGAUGCUGAGGUUGGGGACGUCGUCAAGAGUGGCCCAGGUCUAGUUUUCCUCACAUACCCUGAAGUUGUUCUUAAACUGCCUGGUUCUGUUGCCUGGGCCACAAUCUUCUUUGUCAUGCUGGCGAUUCUUGGAAUUGACAGUGAGUUCUGUAACGUAGAGGCCUUCAUCACUGGUGUUGUGGAUCACUUCUCCACCUACCUUCGUCCCAUUCGACGCAAGUUCACGCUUGGCGUUUGCUUGCUGAUGCUCGCCCUUGGCACCCCUAUGGUUACCAAGGGUGGCGCCUACGUGUUCCAACUGAUGGACUUUUACUCAGCGAGUGGAAUUUCCCUUUUGUGGGUUUGCUUUUUCCAGACAAUUGCAAUCUCUUGGUUCUUUGGCGCCGACCGCUUCUGUGACUGCAUUGAGGAAAUGAUCGGCUUCCGUCCAGGCAUGUUCUGGACAGUCUGCUGGGUUUAUCUUGCUCCCGCGUCCAUGUUGAGCAUUUUCUUAUUCUACUGCGCUCAGUAUGUUCCUGUAACUUACGGCGCUAGCUACGAGUAUCCUGACUGGGCCGAGGUUAUUGGACUGUGCUUGUGUUUCUCUUCCAUGAUCUGGAUACCUGCCUAUGCCAUUUACUAUGUUCUGUGUAUGCCCGGGACAAUAAUGGAGAACAUCAAAGCUGGUUUCAAACCAACUGUGAAUAAAGCUUCACCAUCAUCAAUGACGGCAUCAAAAGCGGCGCCAGGUGCUGACUCUCUGAGACCACCCCACCAGAUACCUGUGUCCGAGAGCAAAGCUGUGCUUAUCACGCAUCAAUCAGGUCGGCACCAAUCGUCAUUUUGACCAAUGCAGUUAAUUUUCAUCUAUUUAACUAACAUUAUUAUAUCACCCUUGCCGUCGCAGGGGGAAGAGCUCAGGAAUAACCGGUCACACCGUAGCUACUUAAAUUAAGGUUGUAUUGUACGAGUGUAUUUAUUUUUAAGUGAGCAGAUUUUUGAGAGAAGCUUUUAAUUUAAUCAUUGCUGCAGUCAUAUUUUUGUACCAAAAUGCACAAUUUUGUUUGUUUGUCUACCAGUCGCGUUUCCUAUUUGACAGGAAAUCCGACAAUGAAAAAGAGAGUUUGUAAUGACUACCCAUUAUGAACAAGUUUUAGAUGAGGAGGAUCAGAGAACGCUUUUGCUUACGUUUAUUAGAAUAGAUAAAUUCCAUAUUAUUUUAAUGUUGCGUGCAAUAGCACCAAUUUAAAGGGCUGUUGUUGGUUUGGAUUUGAGAAAUCCAAAACUGCAGAUUUAUAUAAUUGGGUUUGGUAAUAUAAGAAAGGAGUAAGUUGAAAAUUUAAUUGAAAGAUGGAAUUUUUGAUAUUUGGAUAAUUUUAUUAAUGACGAUUAUUAAAUUUAUUACCAAUCCCAAAUAAUUAAUUUAUAAACUUACUCUAAUUGCAAAUUAUAAUAUAUUUAAGUAUUGUGAUCUUCGUAGGUGUAAAGUUAUUGUUACAUUAUUAACAUAAUUAAACUAGAUUGAGAAAUCACUUUGGAGACAAGUAUUAUUUGAAAUUUUGGAUUCAAGAACUUUAUUUGCUGUUGGAGGUAAACACACGAUAUGACUGUUUCGUUAGAGAAAUAUAAUGGUUUAUUUGAUGUACAAACUACAUUUGAACACUACAAUGUGUUGGUUUUAAAAAAAAAAACCAUAACACAAAGAGCCACAAAAGGAGAUACAAUAUCAUGGCACUUUCACCUUUCUUGCAAUAAAACUGGAAAUCAAAAAGACGAUACAAAAAACAUGAUUAAAAAAAUCAUAUAUGUACUACUUUUGUAACGAGAGAAAUCAAAAUAAAGUUUCUGUUACAAAAUACAAGUUUUAACAAAUAUUCAUUAUAAAUUGUUAUCUCCAUAAGUUAUACUUUAGCAUUCAAUUAAAAAUAUUUUGUACUGCUUUG